UUUCUGCUUGUGGGUUUCCCACAAUGCCACAAAGGUGGCAGCAGUGCAUAGUCAGUUACAGUGGGAGUGGUUUAAUAUGUUUACGUUUGAUGCUCGAGUGGAGUGUUUGUGUUGUGUUAAUUUAAAUUGGGUGUGACAUGCACGAAAUGAUAAAUUCAUGGCGACCUGUACACUGAACCUUUGAUAAUUCCACAUUUAAUGCCAUUAAAACACAGCACUGCUGCAUAACACCUGUGAAGUGAUUUCGUCCAAAUUUGUAUAAAAACAUAUCGGCAAAAUGGUGAUAUUAACUUCGUGUUGGUCCCCAUGUAUUUGGACCAACGAUUUGAAGACAAGUUGCAAAGUUAUUGCCUUUUACACAGUUGCAAUGAGUAUUGUUGUUAUGACUUUUAUUGUUUUUGACAUGUCGGGGGGCGACUCCACACAAUUAUAUAAUCCACUGUUUGAAGCAGAUAUUCGUUACUCAAUGCAAGUUGUUGGAACAUGUUCCAUGAUUUUCUUCUCAUCACUUAUAAUCUCAACUAUCCUUUUGGUUGUUGGUUUACAUAAGAUGAACCGUGGUAUGAUGCUACCCUGGUUAAUUGAAUUUGGAAUCGUUGUUUUAUUCCAGUUAGUUUUUGGGCUAUGGUUGCUGGGCGGCUAUUACAUUUAUCUUGAAACUGUUUUACAUACAUUUGUAAUUUGGUCCUGGAUGACUUACAAUGGUUACUGUUGGUUGGUGGUGUACUCCCAGUACCAGGUUUUUGAGGAAAUGCAAUCUCCAAAUAUCGAAUUACUGUGGCCCUAAAAGGUGUCUUGAGAUUUUUUAUACAUUUUUUUUAUUUUUCGUAGUAAGCACUCUGUUAACGACAAUAAAUGAUUUUUAUAUUAUUUUUA